UAAUUAAUAUUCCUAUGUACUUUGAUUCGUAUUAUUUUUAUUUGUUGAAGUACUAAAAUGGUAGUUUUAAGCAAGGAACUUUUUUAUGAAAAAGUACUAAAAGAAUUCACCUGCAAUCAUUUGCAUACUUGGGAAGGAAACUGCUUGAAGGCCAACUUUGAUCUUUGUUGCGAUGUCUUUCUAGGUUCACUGAAAUUUUUUAUACCAAUCUAUGUGAUAAGAGCAGUUCUGGAUUAUAGAAAAUACAAAGACAAAAAAGUGGUUUUGAAGAAAUUUGUUCAAAAUGAAAUUAGGUCAUCUUUUUAUGGUAUGUUAUUGGGUAGUUUGCUGCUAGGAAGUAACUGUGUUUUAUGUAGACUUACUGGAAGGAUGAAUUAUUAUAACAUAGGACUCAUUUCUGGAUUAGUAUCAGGAUUAGGACUGCUUGUUGAAACCAAAGAAAACAAAAUACUGGACACGUUAAUUUUUUUUAACUUGCUGGUUGAAUCUGCCUUUCAAAAUAUCGACUAUCAUCAAAUUGUGAACCUAACAGUAACCAAACAAACUAUAUUUUAUAUGUUAAUAAGUAGUGCUUUGAUGUAUAUGAUUCAAAAGAAGAACCACAAACUAGAUUUUGUUCAUUUCUGGUUCUACACACCAAAAAAUUUUAUGAACUUGUGCGACGAAAACUACACAUGUUAUCAUAAAAAUGACUGUUAUGAUUACAUCUUUAAAAAAAGUCUGAAAUAUUUUGGACUUGGUUAUGCUUUCAGCAUAAUUAAAAAACUUAUUCCGAAAAUGCUAAGUUUAGUGCAGAAACCUCAAAAUAUUUUUGGAAUUUUGGUCAACAAGGACAACGUGAGAUUUGGAGCUUUUAUUGGUGGUUACGUCUGCUUAUACAGGUUUAUAAUAUGCCAUUUAUUGAAAGCAAAAAUAAUAGAUAAAAAGUAUUUUGGAGCUAUUGCAGGCUUCUUGGCUGGUGGUACUUAUGCUGUAGCACCGAAUAUACAAGUCCUUGUUGUUGGAAUUACAACACUGUUACAAGUAUUUUAUCACCAAAUAUCUCAAGAAUGCCAAAUUAAAAAUAGUGCGGUACUUCAACAGCUUGUCUACAUGGUAUCUCAUGCAAUACUGAUACAUCUGGCAUUUGUGUCAGUAGAUACAUGUCCAAAAUACUACAUAAAUAUGAUCAAUACUGCCACAAGGAAUUUGUAUAAAAAGUUGUACAACAAUCUUGUCAUUGAAAUGAUACUGUCGUAGCAAGAAGAAAUAAAACAAGUUGCUUUAAAAAA